AUGCGAGCAGUGGCAGCAAUCAUUGGCGUUGCUCAGCACAAUGCGGCAGGUGAGGUUGAAGCGCGAGCUCUCAGCUACAGCGCUGGUAUCAGCGCGUGCGAAAAAGGAGGGCAGUGGCAGCGAGCUCUGGCUUUACUCAACGAGAUGUCGGAUGAGAUCUUGAUGUCUAACGACAUCAGCUGCAGCGCUGGGAUCAGCGCGUGUGGGAAUUGUGGGCAGUGGCAGCGGGCACUGCUACUGCUCCGCCAGAUGUUGGAGGCGAAGGUGGAGCAAAGUGUUAUCAGCUGCACCGCUGCAAUCAGCGCGUGCGGUAACGGCCUUCAGUGGCAGCGGGCUCUGGCUUUGCUCGACGACAUGUUGGGGGCGACGUUGGAGGCCAACGACAUCAGCUACCGCGCUGGUGUCAACGCGUGCGAGAAAGGCGGGCAGUGGCAGCAGGCGCUGUGGCUGCUUGGCGAAUCGUGGAAAGCAGUGCUUGCUCCAGCAGUCAUCUCUUACAGUGGCUCCAUCUGCGCAUGUGAGCAGGGUGGUGAGUGGCAACAGGCGUUGUCACUGGUAGGCGAUCUUUGGGGAGCGAAGCUGUUAUUUGUCACACCACACUGCGAAUCUGCCGCGGCCUUGCCGUGCGAAGAGACGCGGAGCGGGAGUAGCUUUCUUCGUUCCGAAAGGUUUAGUUCGUCGGCGCGAGGGGUCAACGCUCUCAGCACGCGCCGGAAAGGCAAUUCAUUUACCUGUGGCAUUGGGUGUUGGCGCUCAGUGCAAGGACGACGGGCAGUGAGCCAAGCGCGAGAAGGUCGUCGCCAACGCGGAUGA